CGCGCUUUCAUCACAAUGUUCCUUUUACGAACAUGCAUCCAAGAUCAAAUUUGGAAACCCCGUCCUUCGUUUACUUUUCUUGGAACAUUGUCCCGCCAUCUUGCAAAUCUUAUUGCUAGUUUAAUUCUAAUUUAGACAGCAUACUCGAGAUGGAUGAUCUUACAUCUUUCGACGGCGAUGAGGACGCUGCCCUACGCUACGCUAUAGCCCUGUCUUUGCAAGACUCUAACAAUGCCUCAUCCGAGAAACCCAUUGAACUUAGCUCCGAUGAGGAUAAUGAGGACUUGGACAAUGGACCCAAAUAUCCUCCAAUUACUAAGGAUUCCAAAAAUAUGUCCAUCAAGCAGCCGCCCAAGGAUGCACCACUAGCUUCGCAGCAGCCUGCCCCUACAGUACCGGAUAGCUUCGCGGCCCUGGGGCUUGAUAGGAAGAAAAUGGAGGAAGAGCGGCUGGCGAGAUUAGGUAAACGAAAGGCCCCAGAGCCCGAAUUGGAAGGACAGGGACCUCGCCAAAGACCCAAGCUUGAUGUUGAGUCCUCGGUCAUGGUAGCUACCAAAGGCAAGCCUCACAAUCUUCCCUACCCGAAAGGCAUCGUCAAGAAAACAUGGGCUACUGGUUUCCCUCGUAAGGAUGACAUCAAGAUUGAGGAGGUAUUGCAGAAAGACGAACUUGAACUAGCCGUAAUCAGCUCCUUUCAGUGGGAUGAGGAAUGGAUGUUCUCCAAGAUCAACUGCGCCAAAACUAAGAUAGUCUGCGUUGCUUUCGCUUCAAGUAAGGCGCAGCAAGAAGAGAUGAAAGCAAACGUGCCCAAAGGCAUGGCCAUUAGGUUCUGCUUUCCACCCAUGAUGCAAACAGGAAACAUGCAUUCAAAGUUGCAAUUACUGAAAUACCCUCAAUACUUACGAGUAGUCAUCCCUACGGGCAAUUUUGUUCCUUACGACUGGGGCGAAACAGGAGUCAUCGAGAAUAUGGUCUUCCUUAUAGACCUUCCCCGAAUCAGAGAUCAGAAAUCGCAGUCGUCUAACCAGCUUGGCCCAUUCGGCGAAGAGCUCCGUUAUUUCCUUGAGGCCCAAGGAUUAGAAGAGAGCCUACUACGCAGUCUAGCCAACUAUGACUUUACGGAAGCAAACCGUUAUAGAUUCGUCCAUACAAUCGGAUCGUCGCAUGUGGGUGACAAGUGGCAGCGAACAGGCUAUUGUGGUCUCGGUCGUGCUGUAGCAUCCCUUGGUCUCCAGACUACGGAAGAUAUUGAGAUUGACUUCAUGGCAUCGUCGCUAGGGUCAGUAAAUAUGGACCUGGUAUCAGCAAUAUACUAUGCCGCGCAAGGGGACAACGGUAUGAAAGAGUACGAAACGAGAACCACGAAGGGUAGCAAGAAUAAGACGCCGACAAACGUAAGACCACAUUUGGAGGACAAGUUUCGAAUCUACUUCCCAUCUCACGACACGGUAGCUCGAAGUCGUGGUGGCAUUAAUGCUGCGGGUACCAUAUGUGUCCAAUCCAAAUGGUGGGAUUCGGCAACCUUUCCUCGCGCGUUAAUUCGCGAUGCCCAAAGUGUCAGAUCUGGCCUUCUCAUGCACAGUAAGCUCAUGAUGGUCCGUCAUUCCAAGAAAAGCAAACCUUCAGCUGCAUAUGCCUAUGUUGGAAGCGCAAAUCUCUCCGAAAGUGCAUGGGGCCGCCUAACGAAGGAGAGGGGAACUGGUAACCCAAAACUUACCUGUCGCAAUUGGGAAUGCGGUGUGAUAGUUCCCAUUCCACUUCAGGAUUCGAGCAACAAUCUGCCGCAAUCCGAUGUAUCUGACUUCAGCAACAGCAUCCCGGUACCGAUGAAAAUUCCUGGCGAGGCGUACGGUGCUUCGAAAUCCAAGCGUCCCUGGCUGUUUCUCGAGAAUUGACUUGUAAUCAAUCGCACCAUUUUAGAGGCUCCUACCUUGUCGUACUAUACCUACUGGUAAGGCAUGGACAGCUACUAGAUCAACGUCUAGUGAUUAGUGGCAAUGCGGAACAUUAUCAUUCAGCCGAGGUCAUAAGGCACCACGGGUGAUCUACAGCAAGUGUCCCACGAUCCCCGCGACAGUAG